UUUCCCGAAGGUUGCUGAUAACCUUUGUAUGUUGUGGACCCCAGGUUAUGCUGAAAGUGUGCUGAAGUAUGCUAGUCUACAAUCAAAGUGGGAAUCUUACUUGAAUAUUAGUGUAUCAUCAUUGUCUUCAGAUAGUAAGAAGAUAAGUGCUUCCCUUGGUGUUCUCCCUUGCAUAUUGCCAGCCGGCAGAAAGGGGAAAAAGAGAGCAAGCAUUGACGAGUCUUUAGCCUCCUUCAUUGACAUUAAACCAAUUGGGACAAAUAUGCCAAAGUACCUGGAGGAAGUGAAAAACAGCCAGCCAUAUGUUCUAGUCAUAGGGUCCCUCCUUGAUCCUUCACAAUUUUUUGUUAUAGUAGAAAGAAAAGCUUUGGA